UCAAGUCUCAGACCGCAGCGAUUGCAGAUUUUACAUGUCAGAUAGAAGUGUGAAAGGGCAAGAGACGGGGAGCGGACGAACAGGGGCCCAAGAGGUGACGAAACCGAAGAAUGGGGUAUUCAAAUCGGGGAUAAAGAGAAGUCUGCAUUUAUUUUAUUCCGACUAAGCUUUGCGAGCAGUGACUGCAAUCUGGUUCAUCAUUUUCCUUCUGAUAAAUCCAUGUAUUACAGGGAUUCCUUCAAGGAGACAGCACGGAGCCGGGCUAGAGGGGAGCACAAUGACAACCUGGUGAAUGUAUACAAUUGGAUUAAAUAAAGCAGCGCGAAAACGCAGUAUGCGCAUCACCAACCCGAAGUGAUGAAUAGCAAAACAGGGAAACAAGACUGUAUUUGUGGUGUUGCCUGUCCAGAGUAUUUUGCUGUGCUGAGGAUCGAUCUAUUUCUCCAUCAUCCUCCCCUUGGUGUUGGAAUAUAAUGGAGAGCUCCAAUGGCUCUGGCAGUGAAACCAAACCGCAAAACCACCAGUUGGAAAAGAAACGGUUGAACAGAGCACCUUCCCCGGCAAGACCUUUUCUGAAGGAUGUCCACUCCCGGUCGCCUAAACCACCUGCAGUUGUACCAAAAUCCCCCAAAUUGAAUAAGCAGCAAUCAUCCACAGUGCCCUUAACCAAUCGCAGCUCCAGACGCACCAUAACUGGAGCGAAAGACAAACCAGCAACGGUAAAAAGUAACAUCAAGUCCUCUAUCACAAAAAAGAUUAUAAAGGUCACCCAACAUGCAGCACUUGAACCUAAAAUCGCCAGCAAAGUGGACAGCAGCAGUCCUAUCCUCGUCAAAGGCAAGAAGGGAAAAUUAGCCCCACUAUCUCAUAGUCCGUUCAGCCAUGGUUCUCCAAUACGUGUUCCAACUGGUGCUACCCUCGGCAGGGUUAGUCAAACUGACAGCAGCUCAGAUUUAUCAGAUUGUCCUUCGGAACCGUUGUCCGACGAGCAGAAGCUCGUUCCGGUUGCUAGUAGCGAUGCAGAGUCGGGCACCGGCUCUGGCAGUGACCGGGAUCAGGUGGGAGCGGAUAAUCCGCUGCAGGCAGCAUCAUCCUCAGAAGCAACCGGAGGGGCUGUUGCUCCAUUGCGCGUAGUGGAGACUGGCGCGGCGGCGGCUUCUCAGGCGAAGGGAAGCAUGUCUCAUGCUCAGCACAGCACAGGUGCACACGGAGAGAAAUGUAAACAGGAGAAUCCAUCAACAAGCGCACAAUUUAAACAGGAAGGAAGCAAGUAUUUAAUUGAGGAGGAUUUGCUAAGGGAGAUUGAAGAUCUUCGUUCAGAAAACGACUACCUCAAGGAUGAAGUGGACGAGCUGCGGGCAGAGAUGGAGGAGGUGCGGGACAGCUACCUGGAGGAGGAGGUGUACCAGCUGCAGGAGUUGCGCCGCGAGCUGGACCGCUCCAACAAGAACUGCCGCAUCCUGCAGUACCGCCUGCGCAAGGCUGAGCAGAGGAGCCUGCGGGUGGCCCAGACCGGCCACGUGGACGGGGAGCUGCUCCGCAACCUGGAGCAGGACCUGAAGGUGGCGAAAGACGUGUCGGUGCGUUUACACAACGAGCUGGAGAGCGUGGAGGACAAGCGCACCAGAGCGGAGGACGAGAACGAGCUCCUCAGGCAGAAGAUCAUCGAGGUGGAGAUCUCCAAACAGGCACUGCACAACGAGCUGGAGAGGGCCAAAGAGACUGCUUUAAGGAGGAGAGGGAGCAGAGAAGCAUUCAAGGACAAGAAAUCCAUUAACCAGGAGGACAGUGCAGACCUCCGGUGUCAGCUCCAGUUCUCCAAGGAGGAGUCCACCUUGAUGAGGAAGAAGAUGGCCAAGCUGGGCCGGGAGAAGGAUGAGCUGGAGCAGGAGCUGCAGAAGUACAAGUCCGUGUACGGGGACGUGGACAGCCCCCUGCCCCUGGCCGACUGCCCCGGCGGGGGGCCCCACAGCACCCGGGAGGCCGAGCUCCGCCUCAGGCUGAAGCUGGUGGAGGAGGAGGCCAACAUCCUGGGCAGGAAGAUCGUGGAGCUGGAGGUGGAGAACCGGAGCCUGCGCUCGGAGAACGACGACAUCCGCUGCCAGUACGAGAGGGACUGCUUCGGCCGCGAGCCCUUCUCCAGCGUGCCCUCCUCGCCGUACGGCGGCGACGCGCUCGACUCGGCCAGCGAGCUGCGGCGCCACCUGCAGUUCGUGGAGGAGGAGGCGGAGCUGCUGCGGCGCUCCAUCUCCGAGAUCGAGGACCACAACAAGCAGCUGACCUCCGAGCUCAACCGCUUCAAGUUCGGCCCCGGCGUGGGCUCGGCCGGGGGCGAGGAGGCGGCGGGCGGAGAGGCGGGCCUCUACAAGCCCGGCAACGGUAACGGCGGGAGCGGGGUGCUGAUGGAGGAGCUGAAGGCUGCCCGGAUGCAGAUCAACGAGCUGAGCGGCAAGGUGAUGAAGCUGCAGUACGAGAACCGCGUCCUGAUGUCAAACGUGCAGCGCUACGACCUCGCCGCUCACCUGGGCCUGCGGACGGGCAGCCCUCACGACGGCGACGCCGAGAGCGACGCCGGGCGCCGGGAGGCCACAGAGGACGAGGAGGCGGGCCGGAUGCUCCUCCUGCACCCCAAGCGGGAGGGGCCCGUGGGCGGCGAGAGCGACUCGGAGGACCUGUUCGAGAAGACGGCCACCACCUCGGGGUUCGCCAGCGUCAAGCCCUCCGACGGCAGCGAGCUCAGCGCCGCCGAGCUGGCCAAUCGCAGGAGAGAGGAGCGCGAGACGUUCAACAACGUGAAGCGGGAGGCGGAGCGUCUGGGGAAGACGGUGGACCGGCUGAUCACAGACACCGACAGUCUGAUCUAUGACGGCAAGCUGAUUGUGACUGGCGCAGAGAGCCUGGAGGGCGGGGCCUUCAGGGGCGGGGAUCACUCUGCAGGGGGCGGGGCCAAAUCCGACUCCCAAGUCCUGGACACCAUCAACUCUCGUAUGAAGUCCUUCCGCACGGAGCUGCACAUCUUCAUGGAGAAGGUGGACCACCUGGGGGAGGGCAUGAGGGACAGGGUGGAGGACCUCUCGCCCAUGCCCAACCUCACAGAGUCCAGCAGUUUCCUGUCUGGGGUCACCUCCAUGUCGCGGGACUCUCCCAUCGGAACCCUAGGAAGGGACCUUGUCACGGACUUCCAGUCCGGUCAGAGGGAUGAGCUGGAGUGGCGUCUAGGACAGGAGCGAGUCGUGGAGCCCCAGGGCCAAGGCCCGGCCCAGAGCAGGGGAGCGUCGGGACACAGUAAAUACCACAGGCCCCUGGCUUUAAGAGCAGAGCUCCGCGACACGGCUGGCGCUGAGGCCCAGUUCCGUCUGGAUCAUGAACGCAGGCUGAGAGCUGGGCCGGACGACCGCGAGGUCAUCUUUGGUCCUAUGACACAGGAGGAGGAGCGGAGGCGUCUGGAGGUGCGUCGGGGGGGUCUGGAGCUGCAGGGGCUGCAGCAGCCCCACGAGGCCCCCUGGCUCCAGGAGAGAGCCCUGCUGCAGCACGAGGUGGGCCUGUUUCGCCACAACACCAUCCUCUUCUACAUGAAGCUGCGGUGGAUCCUCACGCACUGGAGGCUGGGCCGCCGGGCCGACCAGGGGGACGAGGCCGGGCACUCUGAGUAUGAGAAGUUGGAGAACAUUCCAGAGCUGGCAAUUAUCAUGGAGCAAGGGGAGGGGGAGAUGGAGAGAGAGGAGAGGUCCUCCAUCCCUCAAACCCCAGGGGACACCCCAGACCAUGGACCUAUGGUUGUGCUCCAUUCCCCUGAACAUCUGCAGCACCAGAGACAGGUGGGGGAGAACCGUCGGGUGCUGCAUGCCCUGCGGAUGUUGCUGGAGGAGUUCCGGACUGAGCUGAGGGAGGAGGAGACCAGGCGGUGCCAGCUGCAGCAGAGCUACGCCAACGAGAAGGCCUCCUGGGAGGUGAAGUGGGCAGAGAUGAAGUGCCACGUUGCACAGCUGGAGGCGACACGGGCGGAGGUGAGAGGGGAGGCCCAGGGCGGAGCUGGAGCUCGGGGCGGGGAUGGAGGAGGAGGAGGAGGAGAGCCGGACUGGGCCUUCCAGCGGGAGAGGGAGGAGCACCGGCAACUCCUGGCAGACAGCCACAGCACCUCCCUGGACCUGCGCUGGAAGCUGCAGCACAGCGAGAAGAGGUGGGGCCGGGAGAGGGCGGAGCUCCUGGAGCGCUUCGACCGCGAGAGGCAGGAGUGGGAUGGCAGCAUGAGGGACAUGCAUCGCAAGAUGGACAGGUUACAGAGAGAGGUGAAUGUCCGCCGUACCGAGGGCUCACCCGCUGAUGUCAAAGAUGGGGUGGGCCACAGGGGCCUGUUCUCACCCCAGGACAGCCCCUGUAAGCCCCCCCGGUCACCCCACUCCCCUCGCUCCCCCUGUCCGGCCACCGGCCCUGCCCCUGUCAUACCCACGCGAUCCCACUCGGACUCGGAGGCCGUGCUGGGGGAGCAGGGGGCUGUGGUGAGGCUGAAAGGGCCCACGGAGAACCUCUUCCUGGAUGCUCUGUCGCUGGACCCCCUGAGUGGGCUGGAGGUCCCCCUACCCUCCAGACUGGAGAGUGAGAAGAGGUUCCCCUGUGUGAAAGAGGCCCUUAAUGAGAUAUCAGACAUGGAGGCUCAGUCUGCCUUUGAGGAGGAAGAUAUAGGCUCUGGAAGCCUCCUCAGCUGUAAAGCUGCUGUGUCUCUCGUGUCUCCAUACAGGGCCAAGUCUGUCUGCUCCAUGAGUGAUUUCCAGCGCCUGAUGGACAGUUCUCCCUUCCUCCCUGACAAGAGUCGCCACGGUGACAGUGGCCAGGACGACGUCACCCCUCCUUUGUCCCCUGACGACCUCAAGUACAUUGAGGAGUUUAACAGCAAGGGCUGGGACUUCCCCUCGGCUCCCUCCCCCUCUGCCCUGGAGGCCUGGGGAGAGAGGCCAGGGGAGGGCCGGGUGGGAGAGCCUCCUUCGGAACCAUUCCAGCCAGCCUCCUGGUUCCUCACCACCAGCGCCACCCUGACCACCAACACCCUGAGCAGCCCCGAGCACUGCCAAAGGUCCCCCAUCCGUGGUAAUGGAGCGGGGGCUGCAGGGAGCGAUCACCAUGGGGUCCACGUCCUCCACAGCCCCACCAGACCAGGCGCCGCCCACCGUCCUGCAACCCCCGAGUCGGACUUCCUCUACGCUAAAGGGACAAAAGGCAGAGGUGCGGGCGAGCCUGGGGCAGGGGGGCCCGACGAGGUGUUUGGCAGUGGGAGGUGGCCCUGUGAGCUCCCCCGGCAUCACAAAGAGCUCCUGGAGGCAGGGGGUCUGCGGCCCCCUGCAGACCGCCCCCCGCUGUGCCCCACAGUGAGCUAUGCCUCCUCUCUGGAGCUGCAGCUGUCUCGAAACCUGAGCGACGACAUGAAGGAGGUGGCGUACUCCGUGCGGAACGCCAUCCGCUCCAGCCCGGGCCCCGAGCGCCCGGAGACGCGGCAGGUGCGCGACACGGCGUGCCAGACCAACGGCUUCACCACACGAGGCACCCAGACCACCCAGACCAUCAGCGUGGGCCUGCAGACGGACGUGCUGAGGAACCUGACCAGCAGCCCCCACCGCUGCCUCACGCCCAAGGGGGGCGGCUCCACGCCCAUCUCCUCGCCCUCCCGCAGCCUGAGGAAGAUCCAGUACUCCCCCGUGGUCCAGAACAAGUUCGAGAGGCCCUGCUGCUCCCCCAAGUGGGGCUCCCCCAAGCUCCAGCGCAAGCUCUCCACUUCCAGCAAGGCAGACCUGCCCACGACCGCACGCUCGCCCACCCCCACCACCCCCCAGAAGGGCAACAGCGAGUCCGCCUGGGCGCGCUCCACCACCACUAGAGACAGCCCCGUCCACACCAGCAUCAACGACGGCCUCUCCAGCCUCUUCAACAUCAUCGACCACACCCCGGUGGCCUACGACCCCCCGCCGAAGUUCACCAAGUCCCCUAGCCGUUCCAGGCCAGCUGAACCCGGCCCUCCAGGUGGUCCUGGGGGCCCCGCAGAGGCCAGGUCCCUGGGGGCAGUGCAGGAGUUCCUGAGGACAGUGAGGGGACGCUCCCCCAGCCCCGUGCAGCUGGUUGUGGAGACGCAGGGGGAGAGGACCCCCGAGGUGGUGAGCGUGCGCCAGGACCUGUCGGCCCCUCCGGGCUACACGCUGGCAGAGAACACGGCGCGCAUCCUCAACAAGAAGCUGCUGGAGCAGAGCUUCAAGGAGGACAAGAAGCUCCAGGGCGGCAGCCUCAGCAGAGAUGCCAAGCAGGGAGAGCCGGACAGAGGACAAGCUGGAUGUAUUGAGGACCUACCCCGCUCUCCUGUGGCCCCGCCCCUGGAGUCCUGCUUCCUGAGACCUGCUCGACCUGCCAACCGCCGCCCUCCCUCCCGCUGGGCGGCCCACUCCCCCUCCUCCUCCCCCCGGUGGUCUGAGGGCGCAGAGCGGAGGUUCACCUUCCCAGAGACCAGUAAGACAAUACUGGAACUGGAGGAGCCAGGAGCGGACAACUCUCCAGCAUGACCGCCAGGUCCUCCUCUGACGGGUCUCCUCCUCUACCUGCUCUCCUGUCGGAGCCUAAACAGACCUCUUACCUCAGAUCCCACUCGGGAAGACUCAGGAGGGACAGGAAGGGGUUGAGAUCCAGUAGCACCAGCUGACCAAUGAGGACAAAGAACCCAGAACUUUCUUUGUGGAGAACCUGGAAUGUACUGUAACAACAAUGACAACAACAACAAAAUCCAUAAGAGGUGCCUGUACACACAGUUAUUCAUAGGCCUGUAUGUGUGUGUAUAUAUGUAUGCAAUACAUGUAUGCAGGAAGUGUAUUUCAAUUACUGUACAACUAUUUUUCAGGAUACUCUAAAGGAAAACUAUAGAUCUGAUCCUGUACUUGUCCAAACAUAAAGGUUUACACAGUUUUUGUCUGUUUACACGUUAUCUUUCUUUUUGUUUAUUUGGACAUUUAGUACAAUGCACUAGUUUAUUCUGCCAACAAUCCAUAUUAAUGCUAUUUUCUUACGUUGAACAUGUUACCUUAAUUGCUUUUCCCAGCCUUUGAAGCUUGAAUGAAGAGUAUUCAGUUGUAUCUUGAGGAGACAAGACUCUUUCUACGGAAGCAGGGACACAUGAUGUCAAUUAAGAUGUUGAUGUGUUUAUUUAUUUAUUUGUUCAAAUGAAUGUUAAACUGUACAAACACUUAGAUAAGGGAAAAUUACAACUGAAUAACCUUAUGCAUAUUUGGAAGGCAGUUGUACAAAUAUCUGUAAAAUAUUUGCAUGCCUUUUGAACUAGCACUUUAGUGCAUGUACAGAAAUGCUGUCGUUACUGAUCAUCACUGAGCUCAAUGUAUGAAGAAAAAAAGAACAUUGUGAAUGUACACUUGAUUUAUCCUUUUGUUGUCCUUUAAUUUGCAUUGACUAAAGUAAAAACACCCAUUUUUAAAUUAUCAAUCUAUUAUACUGUCUUUGUACAGUUGUCACUAUGUAAUAGGAUCAGGUUUUUCUUUAACAAAGAAAAACGGGAUUGUAAAAAAAUAAAUGUUUUAAACAAGAGUCUAUGUUAAAAGUCUAAGUCAAUAGUCUAAUUGGUAAUAAACAUGAAUGUGU